AUGACUUCUGACCGGACAAAUCUGAAGGACAAGCAACCGAUGGAUCCCAAGACCCAUCAGCACACUCCGGAGUUAGUUAACAUUACCGAAGAAGGAAUUCCUAGCGCCACCGGAGGAAGUAAACCUGGAGGAGUCUCCUCCACCACAUCCCAAUGCCAAACCAACCCAGUUAGAGCAAAUCUGGACAGAUUGGCUAAUGAGGCCAAACGAACGAAUGACAACCAAGACGAAACCCUGAAGAUCCUGAGUGAAAACGUGAAUCUGGGCCCUCAAGGACCAACAAGAGGAAUGAACGAGCAAAGAAAUGAGCAAAGAAAAGAGCGAAGAAACGAAGGAAGAAACGUGCACAGAAACGAGCAAAGGAACGAGAAAAGGAACAAAGUAAGAAACGAGAGAAGAAACGACGAACUACAGAGCCCAGAAAAUCAGGAAACACAAAGAGACGAUUCGAAAGAAGAAGGCCCAAGAGAAAAUACCAGAGGAAGAGACAAAGACAAAGAGGAAGCACCGCAAAAAGCAAAAGACCAGAAAGGGAUGCAUGAAAAGCACAAUCGAAGAGAAACUAAGAGGAAGAAGACGAAUCCUCUGAAUCACCCCAAAAGAGCAAAGCCACAUACGUAG